CCCCGCCGAGGCUGCUGCGCCCCCGCCGCAGCGCGGGGGGACCCACUCUGAACUCUCUGAACUUCGGGGGCAGUCCCCGGGGCGGCAAAACUCUCAGGGACCCCCGGCCCGGGUGGCGCCCCUCGACCACCUCCCCUGGCCGAGCCCCCUGCUGCCAAGUGCCUGGACGCCGAGGGCUUCGGGGCCCGGCCGGAGCUGACUGUCCCCAGCCCCGCGCCAGGCCACGAUGCUCAUGAGGAAAGUGCCCGGCUUCGUCCCGGCCUCCCCGUGGGGGCUGCGGCUGCCGCAGAAGUUCCUCUUCCUUCUCUUCCUCUCGGGCCUCAUCACGCUGUGCUUUGGGGCCCUCUUCCUGCUGCCCAAGUCCUCUCGCCUCAAGCGCCUCUUCCUGGCCCCUCGGACCCCGCAGCCCGGCCUGGAGGCAAUGGCCGAAGCCGCCAGCCACCCUCUGGCCCACGAGCAGGAGUCGCCUCCCAACCCGGCCCCCGCUGCGCCGGCCCCCGGCAAGGACGACCCCAGCAGCCAAGCCACUACCCGCCGCAGGAAAGGGUGGCUGCGGCGCACCCACCCCACCGGGCCCCGGGAGGAGGCCACGGCGGCCCGGAGCAGCGGCGUCGCGGCCCUCAGACCCCAGGAGGAGAGCAUCCCGUUCAGCUUUGACUUCAGUGCGUUCCGGAGCCGGCUCCGCCACCCGGUCCUGGGGACUAGGGGCGACGAGAGUAAGGAGCCCCAGAGCGUAGUUCGAACUCAGCGGGAGAAAGUCAAGGAGAUGAUGCAGUUCGCCUGGCAGAGCUACCGGCGGUACGCAAUGGGGAAAAACGAGCUCCGGCCCCUCACGAAAGACGGCUACGAGGGCAGCAUGUUCGGAGGCCUCAGCGGAGCAACAGUCAUUGACUCCCUCGACACCCUCUACCUCAUGGAGCUGAAGGAGGAGUUCCAGGAGGCCAAGGCCUGGGUUGAAGAGAGCUUCCAUCUGAACGUGAGCGGAGAAGCAUCCUUGUUUGAGGUGAACAUCCGGUACAUCGGAGGCCUCCUCUCAGCCUUCUACCUGACGGGGGAAGAGGUGUUCCGAAUAAAGGCCAUCAAGCUGGGAGAGAAACUCCUGCCAGCCUUCAACACCCCCACGGGAAUCCCAAAAGGCGUUGUGAACUUCAAAAGCGGCUCCAACAGGAGCUGGGGCUGGGCCAUGGCGGGGAGCAGCAGCAUCCUGGCCGAGUUCGGAUCCCUGCACCUGGAGUUCUUGCACCUCACUGAGCUCUCUGGCAACCCAGUCUUCGCAGAAAAGGUCAAGAACAUCCGGAAGGUCCUCAAGAAGAUCGACAAGCCCUUUGGCCUCUACCCCAACUUCCUCAGCCCAGUGAGCGGGAACUGGAUGCAACACCACGUCUCGGUUGGAGGACUCGGGGACAGUUUUUAUGAAUAUUUGAUCAAAUCCUGGCUGAUGUCGGCCAAGACAGAUAUGGAGGCCAAAGACAUGUACUAUGAAGCCUUGGAGGCAAUAGAGACCCACUUGCUGAAUGUCUCUCCCGGGGGGCUGACCUACAUUGCUGAGUGGCGAGGGGGGAUUCUGGACCACAAGAUGGGGCACCUGGCCUGUUUCUCCGGGGGCAUGAUCGCCCUCGGUGCCGAGGAUGCCAAGGAAGAAAAGAGGGCCCACUACCGAGAGCUCGCAGCCCAGAUCACCAAGACGUGCCACGAGUCGUACGCCCGCUCAGAUACCAAACUGGGGCCCGAGGCCUUCUGGUUCAACUCAGGCAGAGAGGCAGUGGCCACACAGCUCAGCGAAAGCUACUACAUCCUGCGGCCGGAGGUGGUGGAGAGCUACAUGUACCUGUGGCGGCAGACCCACGACCCCAUCUACAGGGAGUGGGGCUGGGAGGUGGUGAUGGCCCUAGAGAAAAACUGUCGAACGGAAGCUGGCUUCUCUGGGAUCCACGACGUGUACAGCAGCAUCCCCAACCACGACAACAAGCAGCAGACUUUCUUUCUAGCGGAGACACUGAAGUAUCUCUAUCUUCUGUUCUCUGAAGAUGACGUGCUCUCCCCGGAAGACUGGGUGUUCAACACGGAGGCCCACCCGCUGCCCGUGAACCACCUGGACAGCUCCAGCAGGGCGGGGGGCUGACGCUGACCCCGCCUCCCUGCCACUGCCGGGCCGCCUGCGCCCGUCCUGGAUUUGGGAUUGUUCCCAAAGGGACUGGGAACGUGGGCCCCAGUCCAGACGGGCCCCGGGCCGAUGUGUCGGACAAGCAACUUCUUUUCCUCUGUGAGGAGACAGGACUUGGAGAUGCAGCGAUGCCACACCAGGCCCAGACAUUCCUUUCUAUGGAGAAUUUCUAUGAAACCCACUCACUUGCCAUUCCAGGGCCGAACGACCAGAGGUUUCCAUAUCGACCCCAUGUAUUUGAUUCACUACCUUUCGUUUUUCAGGGUUUUUUUGUUUUUGCUUGAUUUUGCCUUUUCUCUACAGUUGUGUUUUAUCACAAAUUAUAAAUAUAGUUUUCCAAAUCGUGUGCUUUCAAAAACAGUGUCAUCCUGAUGAACUAAACCUUCAAGUGUUUGCACAUGCCCACAAAACCUGGACCUCGUUUUCUAUAUUUUCAAUGCCUCUGCCCAGCCUUUGCUAUGUGUUCAACUCUGUCAUUUAUCUUUAUAAUUUGAGGAGGGGCUUUGAUUUGGGCCUCAGUGUUACGAAUCACUAGGGCUAUUUUCAUUGUUGUAAUGGAAAAAUCUGUAAACUUACAAUAAAAGAGUUUAUUGAAUAAGAAA